CGGCGCCGCAGUGAUGGUUUACGCCCGCUCCACCAACGCCGGUGUCAGUCCCUCCGUCUACUCUCCGUCCUUCACCUAUCAGAUGUCCGUCAACUACUCCAGGAGAGACAACUCCAGUGUCCUGGCCACCGUCCCCUCCACCGCGCUCUGCAGCGUCCAGGGCCCCCCCGGCUGGGCCAAUGCCUCCGCCGCCCCCCACCAGCUGACCACGGGGGAGGUCGCCGUCCUCGGCCUGGUGUUCGCCGCCCUCUGGCUGGUCUCCGUCUUGGGCAACGCCCUGGUCUGCCUGGUCAUCCACCGCAGCCGGCGGACUCAGUCCACCACCAACUACUUCGUGGUGUCGAUGGCGUGCGCUGACCUGCUCAUGAGCCUGGGCUGCGCGCCGUUCGUCCUGCUGCAGGUGGCCUCCGGGCGCUGGCCGCUGAGCGCCGCCGCCUGCAAGGCCGUGCGCUACCUGCAGCACCUGUGCCCCGGCGUGCAGGUCUACGUCCUGCUGUCCAUCUCCGUGGACCGCUUCUACACCAUCGUCUACCCGCUGAGCUUCAAGGUGUCGCGGGAGAAGGCCAAGAAGAUGAUCCUGGCCUCCUGGCUGUUCGACGCCGCCUUCGCGUCGCCGUGCCUCUUCUUCUACGGCUCCACAGACAGUCACUGUGACUUCUUCCUCCCGGACAGCUGGGGCAGCAUCGCCUACGCCGCCCUCCACCUCCUGGUGGGGUUUGCGGUCCCGGUGGCGCUGAUCGUGUCCUUCUACCAACGCGUCAUCCGGUACAUCUGGAGGAUCAGCGCCGACGGCCACACGGUGCGCCGGACGAUGAACAUCGUCCCCCGGACUAAAGUCAAGACCAUCAAGAUGUUCCUCAUGCUCAACUCGGUGUCGUUCCUCACCUGGACGCCGUUCUACGUGGCCCAGCUGUGGCACCCCAGCGAGUCGGGCGGGGCGGACCGCCAGGCGCUGCUCUUCUUCACGGCCAUCGCCUGGGUCUCCUUCAGCUCCACGGCCUCCAAGCCCACGCUGUACUCCGUCUAUAACGCCAACUUCCGGCGCGGCAUGCGGGAAACCUUCUGCAUGUCGUCCAUGAAGUGCUACCGCAGCAACGCCUACACCAUCACCGCCAGCUCGCGCAUGGCCAAGAAGAACUACGUGGGGGUGGUGGACGUCCCGGUGCAGGCCAAGACCGUCGCCAAGGACGCCGUCUGCGACGCGUUCGAUCGAGACGCCAAGGAAAAGAAGGUGGCUUGGCCCACGAACACCAACCCUCCAAACACCUUCGUCUGAACGGUGAACUUCACCGUGCCAAACCGACAAACUCUUCUGACUGAAAGGUUUGCAUAAAGGGCUUCUUUCCUCCCGGCAGCCAUACUGGAGUCUGUUUUUAUAAAUACGAUCCGGAUCAGAGCAGAUUUUCCUUCCAUGUUUUGAUCAUUUUUUCAUCGGAUUUUUUUGUGUUUUGAUCACCAGCUUACCCAGUGUUUGGCUCGUCAGUCAGAACAGCGUUGUUCCAGGUAUGCUGCAGUCAUGUUCGUGGUAGAAGCCGUCGUUAGAACACUCCUGUUGUUAAGAUGCUCUGAAACCAGCGGCGUUCAUGCUAAACGUCAGUCAGAGUGGUGAUUGGCUGAGAACGGCUCCGUUCCCAUCAGCAGAGACACCGGCGGUCGUUACACAUUGCCUGAAAACCUCAGGUAGCCUGAAUGUUUGUCACUGAUCCUUCUGGUCGGGUUGAUAUCGCCCUCUGGUGGUCGCUCCCUCUCACUGAUAGAAACCUGUUUUGAGCUUUAGUGUUGUCGUGUUUCUGUUGGGUAAAAUGCGGGAUUCCAGUAGUU